CAACACAAAGCCGUAGUCAGUCUGCAGUCAACCUUCGCGAAAAUCACACGUGUGGCGAUCUCUAAUUGGAAGCGGUUCGGUUUGAAUAGAAAGUCUUGUUUUUCAUUUUGUGUCCUGUGUUAAAGAAGUAGAAGACGUCACUUUCCAAAAUGCCUACCUAUCACAAGCCGGAAUCGAAAACUAUCCAGGAGCUUAAGGAUAUCGCUCACAAGCUGCGUAUCCACUCGAUUACAUCGACUCAAGCAUCGAAAUCUGGCCAUCCUACGUCAUGUGCGUCGAUUGCCGAAAUCAUGUCAGUGUUGUUUUUCAACACGAUGCGCUACAAGAUCUCCGCUCCGCGAGACGCUUCGUCGGAUCGUUUCAUCCUGUCCAAGGGUCAUGCCGCGCCGAUUCUGUAUGCCGCAUGGGCUGAGGCGGGUCUUUUCCCAAUCAGCGACUUGAUGAACCUGCGAAAGAUUGACUCCGAUCUUGAGGGUCACCCAACACCCAGAUUGAACUUCAUUGAUGUUGGAACCGGUUCUCUCGGCCAAGGUGUGGCAGUUGCUUGUGGAAUGUCCUAUAUUGGCAAGAACAUCGAUAAGGCCGACUACAGGACCUACGUGUUGGUUGGAGAUGGUGAAUCAGCCGAAGGUUCAAUUUGGGAAUCGCUGCACUUUGCAGGUCAUUACAAGCUGGACAACCUUUGUGUGAUUUUCGAUGUUAACCGACUUGGGCAGUCGGAACCGACAUCCCUUCAACAUCAGGUGGAAGUGUACCGCAAGCGUUUGGAUGCAUUCGGUUUCAACGCGAUCGUCGUUGACGGUCACGAUGUCGAAGAACUGUGCAAGGCACUAUUUGAGGCUUCGGUCACCAAGGAUCGCCCUACGGCUAUUGUGGCCAAGACGUUCAAGGGAAAACACUUCCCCAACAUUGAAGAUCUGGACAAUUGGCAUGGAAAGCCUCUUGGUGAAAAUGCCAACAGUGUGAUUGAACAUUUGCAGUCAAUGAUUCGCAAUGCUGGACCAUUACAAAUCACUCCUCCAUCACCACAGAAAGAAAGUGCCAAAAAGGUGAAUAUUAGCAAUGUUCAGCUUGCUACUCCUCCGGCUUAUAAACUCGGAGAAUCUGUGGCAACUCGUCUGGCUUAUGGUACUGCCCUAGCGAAGAUAGCUAUGAACAACGAUCGUGUCAUUGCGUUGGAUGGUGAUACCAAGAAUUCAACAUAUUCGGACAAGUUGCGCAAGGCUUUCCCCGAAAGAUUCAUCGAGUGCUUCAUUGCCGAACAAAACUUGGUUGGUGUGGCCAUUGGAGCCGCAUGCCGUGACCGCACAAUUGCAUUUGUGUCUACUUUUGCAACUUUCUUCUCUCGUGCCUUCGAUCAAAUCCGUAUGGGAGCCAUCUCUCAAACGAAUGUCAAUUUUGUUGGCUCGCACUGCGGUGUUAGCAUCGGUGAGGACGGACCUAGCCAGAUGGGUUUGGAGGAUAUUGCUAUGUUCAGAGCCAUCCCCGGUAGUACGGUAUUCUACCCAUCGGAUGCCGUCAGUACGGAACGCGCCGUUGAACUAGCUGCCAAUACUAAGGGAGUCUGCUUUAUCCGUACCUCCAGACCGAAUACCGCUGUUAUUUACGAUAACAACGAACCAUUCCAGGUUGGCAAGGCUAAGGUUGUAAAGCAAUCUGCUAAUGAUACCGUUUUACUGAUCGGUGCUGGAAUAACCUUGUACGAAGCUCUGAAUGCGGCGACUGAGCUUGAGAAAUCCGGCGUACAUGCCAGAGUUUUGGAUCUGUUCACCGUCAAGCCUAUUGACAAGGCAGCCAUCGUUCAGAAUGCCACUCAAUGUGGUGGCCGCAUCGUUGUCGUCGAGGAUCACUACAAGCAAGGCGGUAUUGGUGAAGCUGUACUUUCUGCCGUCGCAGACCAGCGCAACGUGGUCGUGAAACAUUUGGGCGUCGAGAAAGUGCCACGCUCAGGACCUCCGACUGUUCUCAUCGAUAUGUUUGGAAUUUCAGCCCGCUGUAUCGUCGCUGGCGUCAAUGAUAUUCUCAAAAUGUAAAUGGUGAUGCUCACAAGCAUCAUUUAUUCUGCAUAUCCGGUGUGUGGUGGUACAAUCAUAUUUAUCUCUAUUGAAGUACCUAAGCUUAAAGCCCUGAAUAAUUCCCAUGCGAAACAGGAAACUAUUUGUUAAGCAAACCUUUACAUUCCCCCUAAAAUUUAUGCUAAUUCCAUUCCUUUUGUUUGCCUAUGUUCCUUAGAUGGUAAGUUGAAUCAUGUUUGGUAAAAUGAGCAUAAAAAACCUUUUCAUCGUUUUAUGUCAAAUUGGUACGUUUACUUCUUAUGACUUUAUAUACCUAUUGCAUUUCGUACAAUGAUUUUUUUACAAUAAAAUUAUGAACAUUAUAAA